AGGUAGAAAAUACGAAAGAAAAAGCAGUUAAAGCAAGUAAUAAAAAAGAGAGUAGUAAAAACGAGAAGAAAGAGGAUGUGAGUGGAUUGUAUAGUAUCAGACAUUGUGGUGAGGAAAAGAAGGAAAUUAAAAGGGACGAAAAUAAGAUACUCACCUGCUACCAAAACACCAGUAAUAUGGACAAGGACAAAAAGCAGAUGCUUGAGCAGAAUUCGGAGUAUGUUGAAGAUGGAGAAUUAGUUAUAGAACCUAAAGUAGAAGAUGAAAAUAGAUUAGUAUUUGACUGUGGAAAAUUAAUUAAAAGUGAAGCUCCAAUAUCCGAUAUACAUUGUAUUGUGGUGAAAGUGACGCUGAAAGAUACGAAAGUUGCUGAUGAUGUUGAGUCUUGUAGACAAACCGAUAAAGGAGAUGGAAAUCUAAGAGAUAAAAUAGAAAUUAGGGGUGCAGACAUAGUGUCUAAUAAAGGUGAAUCUGUUAAUUUAGAUGAGAAAGAUGUAGAGCUAGUUGGAAGUAUAACUCCAAAAGACAUAGCUAUAAUCUACUGUGAUGAUGAAA